AUGUUGUUCUCCUGGCUGUUGCUCGCAACGUUGUCCAUCAUCCCAUGGCAAAUCCUGGCACAAGAAACGACGACACCGAAAGCAGAGAGUUGCACGUACUCUUGUCCAGAGGUGGAUUCGUCCCACCGACCACUUGUUAAGCGCCCAUUCUCAGCGGGCCCAAACUCGUUCUACACAAUCUUUGAGUGCACGUACUACUCGUAUGUUGCUACUCUGCAGGAGCACACUUGCAGCUAUAACAAGCACUCUGGGUUCCUCGCUAUCGGCGGUGCUGGUGACGAAUGCCCACCCAAAGCCGUUGCAUGCCCACAAGGCGGCUCAUCACCACCUCAAGCCAUAUCUGACUCUGAGCCAGAGCAACCGCCGUUGUUUUCCAAGCAGGAGAAGGACGAAGUGCCGGCCUGGAUCGAGAUGGGUCGCUAUCUGUUAUGGUUGAAGGAGCACCAUUCGUAA